AUGAUCAUCACUGGUGAUGAUUCUGACUACAUUGCCUUUGUUAAGGCUCGCCUUUGCGAUCAGUUCCUCAUGACUGUUCUUGGUCCACUUCGCUAUUUUCUUGGGAUUGAGAUCUCCUCGACUUCUGAUGGCUUCUACAUCUCCCAAGAGAAAUAUAUUCAGGAUCUUUUCGCUCGCGCUGCUCUCGGUGAUGAGCGCACAGUUGUGACUCCUAUGGAGCUCAACGUUCAGCUUCGUGCCACUGAUGAUGAUCCUCUUCCUAAUCCCACUCGCUAUCUUCACCUUGUUGGCAGUCUUGUCUAUCUUGCUGUUAUGCGUCCUGACAUCUCCUAUCCUGUCCACAUCCUGAGUCAGUUUGUUUCAGCCCCCACCUCUGUCCACUAUAAUCAUCUCCUCCGUGUUCUACGAUAUCUUCGUGGCACGAUCUCUCAGCGCCUUUUCUUUCCCCGCUCCAGCUCUCUUGAGCUCCAGGCCUACUCUGAUGCUACCUGGGCUAGUGAUCCCUCUGAUCGACGCUCGCUGUCUACUUAUUGUGUCUUUCUUGGUGGCUCUCUCAUUGCCUGGAAGACAAAGAAACAGAGUGCAGUUUCUCGCUCGAGUACAGAGGCUGAGUUGCGAGCCAUGGCUAUGUUGACGGCUGAGGUGAUCUGGUUACGGUUGUUACUUGAGAAUUUUGGUGUGUCUGCUACUACCUCGACUCCCUUACUGUCAGACAGUACCGGUGCUAUCAGUAUUGCGUGUGACCCGGUGAAGCAUGAGCUCACCAAGCACAUCGGUGUGGAUGCUCACUUUGUGCGUGCUGCUGUGCAGGAUCAGACUCUUGCUCUUCACUAUGUGCCCUCUGAGUUACAGUUGGCGGACUUCUUCACGAAGGCACAGAGUCGCGCAUAG